CACACCCACAUUUAAGUGAAACUACGAAGACGCAUAUAAGACUCACAGGAAGCAACGUUAUGGACUAAAAAUACAGAGAGAGUCACUCAAGAAAUAUCACACUUAAACCUGAGUAAGAAAAGUAGCAUUUUGAAAGGAUUUUUAAUCAAGAAGACAAUCUGGAGCAGGAAGAGUUACUUCUGACCACUGGAGCAAGAGGUCAAGAUGGACAAGUCCGAGAUGUUUGGCUUCUCUCUGCAGACAGACAACCGGACCGAGGAGGAGAAGGCGCGGCAGAAAGCCGCGAAGAAAGGCGGUGUAGUUUCUGCCCUGGGUUUGGGCCAGGAGUCGCCCACGGCCCCCAUGGACACUGAUUACCAGGAGGAAAUGGAGGAGACCAAGCCUCAAGUCAGAUUCAAUCCCAACUUUGACAAAGGGAUUCGAGGCGAAGUGCAGCAAAAAGGAGACAGCCAGAGGUUUACCAUCGACGGGCUGUUUGAAGCCGUGGCCUGCGGGGACGUCAGGAAGCUCGACAACCUGCAUCAGUACUUGCACCUGAACAUGAUGAGGCUCUCCGACUCCCUGUAUCAGUCCUACGGUAAAACCGUCCUGAUGAAGGCUCUGCUGCACCUCAAGGACGGCAAGAACGAGACGGUGGAGCUCUUGAUCGACAUUUCAGAAAAGAUAGGCGACAUUAAGGAGUUUGUGAAUGCAGCCUACACCAACAGCUACUACAAAGGCCAGACAGCUCUCCACAUUGCCAUUGAGAGGAGAAACAUUUCCUACGUGAAGCUGCUGGUCAGUAAAGGAGCAAAUGUCCAUGCCAAUGCCUGCGGGGUAUUCUUCCAGCCACACGAUGGCCCCAACUUCUACUUUGGUGAGCUGCCUCUGUCUCUGGCAGCCUGCACCAACCAGCCCGCCGUGGUGGACUUCCUCAUGGAGAACGAGUACCAACGAGCGGACGCUAAGAUGAUGGACUCUCAUGGCAACACGGUGCUGCACGCCCUGGUGAUGGUGGCUGACAACUCUAUGGAUAGAGAUAAGGAUAAUGAUAACACAGAGUUCAUUACCAAUAUGUACGACCGCAUCCUCAAGACCACUGCCCAACUGCACCCCGAGCUGAAGCUGGAGGACAUCGAGAACAAAAAAGGACUAACGCCUCUCAAAAUGGCCGCCAAGACUGGCAAGAUCGGGCUUUUUACACACAUCCUGAAACGUGAAUUCCAAGAGAGUCACACCAAACAUUUGUCCCGUAAGUUCACCGAGUGGGUUUACGGGCCCGUCCACAGCUCCCUGUACGACCUGGCCUCGGUGGACUCGUACGAGGACAACUCAGUCAUGGAGAUACUGGUCUACGGAAGUGACAUUCCAAACCGCCACGAGAUGCUCCAGAUGGAGCCUUUGAGCCGGCUGCUGGAGGAGAAGUGGAAGAAGUUUGCGGGUCGGAUGUUUUUUCUCAACUUCCUGGUCUACCUGAUGUACCUGAUCAUUUUCACUGUUGUAGCCUACAAUAAGAAAUUUGGAGAGCUGCCGUAUCCCAGCAAACACACCACAAUGGGUUACCUGUAUAUCUCAGGCCAGCUACUGACAGCGCUGGCAAACUGCUAUUUCUUUCUUGCAGGGAUCUUAGACAUGAAGAGGAAACGGCCGAAGCUGCAGACGUUGCUGAUUGAUGGAUAUUAUGAGAUUCUUUUUUUUGUGCAGGGCCUCCUCUUCAUGGUCACGGCCGUCCUGUAUCUGUUCGGGCAGAAGCAGUACCUCAGCUUCCUGGUGCUGUGUCUUGCUCUCAGCUGGAUGAACAUGCUCUACUUCUCACGGGGCGACAUACACAUGGGCAUCUACAGCAUCAUGAUCCAGAAGAUGAUCCUCAGUGACAUCCUGCGGUUUCUUCUCGUCUACAUCGUCUUCCUCUUUGGAUUUUCAGCAGCGGUGGUCACCCUGCUCAGAGAGCCUAAUGUGAAAAACUCCACUGUAAGCCAGCAGGGGAAGGUGCGUGUGUUUGGUCCCCUUGACGCUGGAGAGGAGUGUGUCAAACCCUCCUUCACAAGCAUCUCCUACACCACGCUGCAGCUCUUCAAGUUCACCAUUGGCAUGGGCGACAUGGAGUUUACCCAGGACCACGAGAACGCCGAGGUCUUCUACCUGCUCCUCAUCGGCUACAUCAUUCUCACCUACAUCCUGCUGCUCAACAUGCUCAUCGCCCUCAUGAACCGCACCGUGGAGAAGACCACCGAGGAGAGCAACAGCAUCUGGAAGCUACAGAGGGCCAUCACCAUCCUGGAAAUGGAGAAAAGGCUGUCUUGCUGUCUGAGGAGGAGGUUCCGCUGUGGGGUGGAGAAGAUCCUCCGCACUGAUCUUGGAGACGAACGUCGCCGAUGUUUCAGAGUGGAGGAAGUCAACUGGAACAAAUGGAACAUCAACCUGGGCAAAAUCAAUGAGGAUCCCGGGUGCUCUGAUCGCGGCCAACACCCCGCCUCAGACUACCCGCCCAACAGAGCAAAGAGAGGGAGGAGCUGGAGAAGCUGGCGGACGCCGACGACUCAGUCCACAGAGAUGCUUUCUCUGAACCCCACAGCUGUAUAAAGAGACAACACAGAGCCUCACUCUGUCUGCUCAGCCUGGCUGACCCGGGAGCAUCGGGGCAUUCAGACCUAAAGACAUUAUUCAGUUUCAGUUCCCUAAGAAAAUAUAACUGUCAAAUGUUUGAACUGCCUUUGUGACUGACGGAUACUCCCAAGUCAGCCUGAUUGAAAAUUUUCUCUGAAGCAAUAUUUCACAAAGACAUGGAAAGUUUUGUUUAUGUGACAGACAUAAUGGUGUAAAAAAAUUGACUUUGAAAUAGCUGAAAGCUGCAUCAAGAGCAGCUUAAAUGCCAAGUCAAACAUUUGCAAACACAUUAAUCAUUUAAUCCAGAGGCCUCUGCACAUGCUGUUUCUCCCACCACCUGAACAGGAUGCACAUCCUCUCUGCACAAAGGCCAGAACCUGCCGGCACCUCUGACAUGGCUCAAAAUCCUUCAUGGAGUAAUACUGAUUACGGAGGUGCUGAUCCUGCCCUCCUGCUGUGUGCCCUUUAUACGAGCCCCAUUUUCAUCACAGCCAGACAAGCUAAAUCUACUGCAGCCAGAUAGUCCUGUGGAUUUCACAGCUUGCUUUGUCUACCCUACUUCCCGUUUCUAUUUGGCAGAGGCAGGCUCUGAUAAAUGGCAUGAAAGCACAGCAAUUGGUGCAACAAUCGCCACCUUCAGCACUAGCUGUCUCGGUUACAAAUUAUAUGUGGUUUGGGUGGGCCUUUUGGACCCGUUGUAGGGCUGAUUAUGCAAGACACAAAUCUGUGAAUAGUUACCUACCCGAACUGUCACAGCAUGAGCUAGUGCAGAACAAGGGGAGCAGGAGAAAAAGAGCACACCUGUUGUCGGCGUCAAUUUAAAUCAGCGUUGCAGAUAAUCCACACAACGGUUCAGACUCAUUUCAAAGCAUAAAUUAGAACUUUAUUUUAUUAUUACAAUAUUACAAAAAGAGUAGCACAACUCUCACGCUCUUGCCUCUUAUCUGUCGUACAGAAUGACACAAAAGAAAGGCUUGUGGACCUUCUUCCAUUUCACAGCAAUAGUACAAGAAACAAAGAAGGAAAUCAAAAUUAAAUAACAAGCAAAUCAAGUAUUAUAAAUAGUCACAACUGCAAACUGUAGCUUUGAAACUUGGGGGAAAAAAGUUACAGCUCAGUAACUACACAUUGCUAAAAUAUAUAAUUACAAAAUAUUACUCCUUUUCUUGCUUUCCAUUAUAAAGAAUCUCUAAGGAAUUGCUCUGUCUAACCAACAAAACCUCAAUAAAAUAAAACAGGAAAAAAGAGAAACCAAAAUAACAAUAAUAAUUGCUGUUUCUGCGUAUCCUCACCAUCUUCUUUCUCCUUAUUAUUUGGGGUUUUCAUUAAAACCAUGCUCUUAUUCAAGGGAAGUCCAAGGACCAAACACUUAAGGCUUUUUAAGGGCUGUUAGGGAGUUAGGUGAACAAAACAUGGGCGUCAUUGUGUUUAUGCACACGCGCACUAUCUCUCACACACACGCACACACCCUUAAAUCUACCCACAUCAGCAGGCCAACACUCGCACACAAUCGUUAACGUUUAAAGUUACGAGUAGGUAAGCCAGUGUACAAUAAAAUAAACAAUGCAUUUGCUGUUUCACUUUAAAUUUAAAAGUUGUUUACCUCCAAGUGAUCUUGCAAGUGAUCAAUUUGGUCGUUUCAAGCAGACUUCACAUCAGAAUCAGUAGCAACUACACAUAACUUAAUUCACUUAAGUUCCUGCUGUCGGGAUCAAAACUCUGUUGAGGCUCGUAGUUCCAUUCUAGGUGACGUUAGCGACACUACGAUUUCUUCGACUCCAGAGUAUUUUCCUUGUAACCGACCUAUCCCCUUCAAUAACUGCAAAACAAAUCAUCUCAACAUUCAAGUAAUACAUUUGUCAUGGUUACAAAAAUGAACGGAAAAGGAAACAAACACAAAAUGGCACAUCUUCAUAACAGUGUGUCCUCUUUAACAUGACUUUGGCCAUUUUAAGGUAUGAGAGUUGAUCUGUCAUGAUUUUUUCUGCGCGAAACAUUUCACAAGCUUUUUGCCAAACCUUCCUGGCAUUGACAAAAAGGGUUUUUCUUUUUUUAAAACACCUGAAUUCAUUGCAGCAUUUUCAGCAGGACGGAGCAUCGCCUUUUCAACACACCUGCUCCCUGCUGGAUCAUGACUAUGUACAAAACAACCUGAUUACAUGCUUCUCUAACUGACAGAGAGGAAUCAAUCUUGAGUAGUCCUAUGAUACAAAUAAAUAAUUACAUUUCAAAAGAAUAAAAUCUAUGUGUACAUGUGCAUACCGCAAGCUUUUCUAGCUGUACUCUGUAGUCUCCAGUGUCUGGUGGCUUCGCUCUGAAAUAACAUUAUUACUCUCUUCUGACCCCAAAUUACUGUGUUUAAUCUUGACGGUAUUAUGAGAUUGGAGAGUUAACACCAAAAUGAAAAUCAGUCACUUGUCUUAAACUAGUCUGAGCCAAAAAUUCCUGACAUGACCCUGUAAAAAAAAACCAUCCAUCGGUAGAUGUUGUUGUAGGGAUCUAUCUGUUUUUCCUCUUUCUUACAUGCAAAAGAAAACGUUGCAGAUAGAUCUGAAGUAGGAAUAACACAGGAUCCGUUUAGAUCCAGGCACACAGAUAGAGGAAGGAGGGAAUGACACACACAAUACAGAUGAGUAUACACACACACACACACACACACACACACAUGAAAAAGUUCCCUAAAGUGCCAAGUAAAAGCACUC